CAGUCAGUGUGUUGUUUGGUUUGUCUACGGGGGAUACUGGGAGGGCGACUUGGAGAGCGGGUUGGACCCCGCGGUGAAGCAGGUCGGUUUGACUGGUGCCAUUGCAAUCGAUCGGCAGUCAAUCAGUCAGACAGGCAGGCAGACAGGCAGGUAAGCAAGCUGCUCACGCUUUUUCCUGUUCUGCAUCAUCACCGCGGAGUUUUAAUCAUCAUGUUGUUGCUUCUUCUCGGCGUUCAUCUCUCGGCGAUCAACCCCGCCAUGCAAGGCAAUAUCUCGCCGACAAGAACCCCGCGAUCCCUCCGCUGGCUCUUAACCUGGUUGUCUUCGCACCAUCCGCCACUGUUCCCGCCAGACGAGACACGAUGA